AUGAGCGUUAUACAAAACAAAUUACUCGAUAAAUGGCUCAAAGAUGAUAGCAGCGUGGUCACAGCACGUAUACUGAGUCAUGCAACUGGUGAGCAUAUCAAUGCAGCCAAAAACCAUCUCCUACACUACUACCGCAACAACACCUCUUUACACCCAGUGAUUGCAAUUACGGGUAGAGUGGGCAGUGGUAUUCAAUCGCAGCUAAUCGCUGACUUGAGUACUGUGCAGUCCUCUCGCUCGAGGUAUGACGAAGAACACUCCAUCUACGUUCACGCGUUAUCACCAUUCAAGCUGGCUGAUCUUACUCCUAUACUCAACUACGAGUUGGAGUACUUUGGUGACGUGAUUAACGCGCGCGAGAAGGUGAAACAGAGAGACAGCAAGCAGGAGAAGCAAUCCAAGCCAGUUAAGCAGCAGGAGGUUAAACAACCUACUAAACAACCCACUAAACAACCCACUAAACAAAACAAACCACCACAACCAGCUCCACCCUCAAAUCCCCCCAAGAAAGCUACCAACAAGCGCCGUGUUAUCGAAUCAGACGAAGAGGAAGACCUUAUCAUUUCAUCACCUCCAGAAGCACCACCGCCAGCGCAGACAAAUGUCCAGUCAGACACGCAGUCAAAACACACCACACAAAGCAACACCAACAAGACAAAAAAGCGCAAGCUGACAAAGAGCUUGACGCGGAUGAACGAAAAGGGUUACAUGGUGACUGAGGAUGUGGAUGAGUGGGUGAGUGGGGGUGAGGAUGGUGAGGAGGGUGCAUCUAUUGACGCUGCACCAUCUGAGCCCAAUUCCAAUCCCAAUCCCAAUUCAAAUUCCAAAUCGAAACCAAAAACAGCCCCAAAACCACCUUCGAAACCACCACCACCAUCAAAGUCCACAUCAAAAGGACAGAGCAGUCUCAAUUCCUUCUUCAUGAAAAAGUAG